GUGUUCUCCGGUCUCUACAGUCCAACACGAGUCUUCUUUAGUUAAUUCUCACCCUCCAUUCAUACAGGACAUCUUCCACCCACAUCCAUCCAGACCCUACACCACUCAUCCAACUCAUAAACAGUUCAGUCAUCCAACUCUUAAUAUUUAGUUAUGCUCAAAACUCUCCCCGAAUUACAGAUAAAGUGUUGACUCGAAGUUUGUCCAGACUAGAUGGGAAAACGUAAACAGAAAGUUCGCUGGUGCACUGUAGACGGUCUGAAGUGGACAAAUAACGAGGACGAAUCCAGUCCCGAGGGCUCAGUCACGGGUGGAGAGGGGGGCGGACCCGUCCCUACGGGGUCGGGUAGAAGGGGCGGAGUACAGAGUUAUUCACCGGGAGGCGUGGCUCCGAGGUUUGAGAAGCGUCCACAGAACGGCCAUGUUUAUUAUGAAGGAGAGUACUGUGAGGCAGAAGAAAUGCCAAACGGUUUCACAAAAAUCAGAUCCAAGAACCUUGAUAUUCUCUUCAAACGUGAAUAUUAUGAACAGAGGCUUCAUCAGCAGCGGUUGCAAGAACAACAGAAACAGGAGCAAACCCUACCUGCUUCCCAACCUGGAGAGGGUUCAGAACCUACAGAGAUAGCUGAAGCAGAGCCCAACAAUCCUGAACUAUCAGCAGAGGAUGUGUCAACCAUUCCUGGACCGGAGACUCAACCCAAACCAUUCAGAGCUUCCAAGAGUUUAGAUCAGAUUGAUCCUGCAAAUAUCCCCGAGUUCAGACCGAUGAAUUCUCUACCACUUUCUGGAGAUCAACACCAGGAUAUGCAGAGUGGUCAACAGAGUCCUUACUAUCCAGGAUACUAUACUGAGCAGGGAUACUAUCCUGCACCUUCCCGUCCCAACCUGUAUCUAUACUCACCCUCAAACAACACUCUUAUACCCUGCGAGGAGAUAAUUAUUCCUAAUCCUGCUGUAUCAGGAGAAGGUCCUGUUUAUCCUGGUCCUACUAAUAUCUACCUGGCCUAUCCUGUCUCCGGACCUGAUGGAAGGGGAUAUAUUACUCAACCCUUCUCUCCACCCUUACCCCAGGAGUAUAUGUCCUAUCCCAGCUAUUCUCCAAGUAUAUCGGAUGGAAGUCAUUACCACUCCUCUACUCCACAAACUCCGAAUUCUGGACAUGAUUCUGGAAGCUCAACUCAACCUGCCUCCCCCCCUCCCCUUGUCAACUAUCAUCCUGCAAACUGGUUUCAACGGGAGGCCAAGACUCCAGAUUUCCUGCAGAAUCGAUCUGAGCCUGAAGUCCAGGCUUUUGAUUCAAGAUCUAGAAAUGUUAAGAGUGAGCUCAGUAACUCUUCCUCUCCUGAUACUCCAACCGUGCAAUACAUCCCUGGUCUUCCUCCUCAGGUUCAAGCUACAACACCCAAGAAAUCUCAAAAGAAGAAGAAGAAGAAGAAGCCCCAGUCCGACCACCGGGACUCUUUGUCCAGUGAGUCUGAGUUAAGUAGGAUCUAUGGAUCUGGACAAGAGACCGGCAACACACUUACAAAUAACAGUUCCCCGGUACUCGAAGUCAACCUCACCGAUGAUUUAGCUGAUUUCAUGGUUAACCCUCCGACUGAACCAGAAUGCUCAGACGAAGAAACAUUAAGAAAUAGUUCGGGGGCUAUGAACCAGGGUCUUAAAAGAGACGACACCAUCCUUAACCUAAAAGAUCUUCCCAAUGACCUAACUAACCUAGAAUUGGAAACCUUUCAAAACGACCCACAGAAUCUUGUUGAUUCGGGGAUAGAAAAGGACCUCGAGGAAAUGCUCAUCUCAGACCUGGAAUCAAAGAGAUCUCUAAAAUCUGACUCAGAUGAUAGUUUUGAUAUGGUUUCCACUACAAUACCUCCAUUUCCUGAACCAGUUAAAGACCCUGUACCGGAAGUAGAGGAAUUGGAAGAAGAAAAUGUGAUCAGUUUUGAAUGUGAUGAUAUGUGUGUCGAACCUGUUCCUCUUUCUACCCCAAUAAACCAGAAACCUGAUCUAGUUGAGCCCUUGGUGGAAGAAACAGAUAAUGUUGAAGUGUCGGUUGAACCUGAGCACCAACAAGUGGAAGAGGUUUUAGAAAAAGAACUAGAGGUUCUAGAAAUUACUACACUUGUAGUUGUUCCCCUUGAAACAGAAUCCUUGAUCCCUGAACCUUCCCAGGGUCCCCUGUAUACAGCUGAAUCUUCUCAUCUCUCAGAUUCUCACAACGUACCUGCUAAACCGAGAAAGAAGAGAACAAAGAAGAAGACAGCAAAUAUGGUGCUAACGCCGGAGAAAUCGGAAAUUACUUCAGAACACCAAGAUAUUCCUACAGAAAACGCAAGUAAAAUGUCUUAUAGCGCAGUCUGUAAGACAAGUGAUCAUAAGAUGAAUUCUAGUCAACAAACCCAAGAACCAGAACCUGAAAAGAAACCUGCUCCUGUAGUUCUUGGUCAAGAGAGAGAAACUUCAAAAUCCGUCCAUACCCCUGUAGACUUGAAACCUGAAGAAUGGGAAACCGUUCCUCAUGCGCUAUCUAACCCGGGUAACUGGGAGAAAAAACAGAAAAAGAAUAAAAAGAAGAAACUCAGCUCUGUUAGCUUUGAAGAGAUCCCGGAGAUAAUUGAAACCCAAGAAGUUCAUGAGGAUUCAACAGAGAAAAAAGAAGAGAUGCCUGAUCUAGAGCUUAUUAAACCCGUAGAUCCUGUCAGAGUUGAGAGACUGCAAACCCCUGAAUUAGAGCUUAAACCCGAGGAUGAAUGUGAAGAGAAGAAAAAGAAUAAAAAGAAGAAGAAAAAGCAUGGAAGCGAGGAGCCUGAGGAGAAGCAGCACAAGAUUCUCAUUUGCGACAAUCAGAUUGAGAUUCGUUAUUCGCGCUCUGUUAAACGCGCUUGUGAUGUUUUGGAUCCGGACCAGAUCGAGUGCGCGAGUACAACUGGUUACUGUGAUAUUCUAAUCAUAGAGAAGCUUGGUUGUGGUAUUGCCAGGGGAAGCAUGAGUCUGGGUCGCCUAUACCAGGGUAGAUAUGUUCCUCCAGAAAGACAAGAUGGACUCCUUCCACCACAAGAGGAUGAGGCUGAUCAGCAGGAGGUCGAGGAACAUGAUAAAACCAGCACUGUCAAGAAGGAAGAAAUUGAUUUAGAUUAAUAAAUGCUUAAUCUACGAUCUGUAAAUCCGGAAAAUCCUACAAAAGUCUCUGUGGUGCACGAAAAAAAAACAUUUUUGGGAAUAAUUUUGGCGCAAAAAAUCUUAAGUGAACCUUAAGCGGACAUAAAUAUGUUGUGCUACUCAAUAAAUUAUGAUAUUAUUA